UAUAUUCGUUGCCAAAUAGCUAUAAAAGAAUGGUGAGAUACUACUGAUGCCAUCUGCUUCAUAGCUUACCAUUACAGCAUGUUGAAGUAUAUGUUAACUCUAGUAGUUGUUGUCGGGGGUUGUUUGGCUGCAGACAGAUGCUGCUUUUAUUCUAAGUUUUCUGGUAAACUGUUAAUGAAAUCAGCAAUCCAGGUGAAUGGAUCAGAUCCGAACGUAUUCCAGCAAACGGUGGACAUAGAUUACGACUAUAACCGGGGACUUAUAAAAACAGUGUCUCGCGGACACAGCCUUACAAUGGACAACGUCAGUUUUGUCAGCACCGAUUACAGCGACUACCAUCAUCAUAGGGCUUAUACGAUUCGUGAAGAUGGAGUCUGUGAAUCGGAGCCACUGAUGGAGACUCAGAACACUCCGUGUAUUCCAGAUGGUUUUACUUCCACUUUGAGCGCAGUAAUCGGAACGCCACCAAAUUCUAUGAAGCUGACAUAUUGGGCGGGAACAUUGAACGGUGCACACGUGACAUACUCCGUAACGGAUGACUGCACGCCCGUUACCAUGGAAGUUGUAGGGGGAAACGCAGACACACGCUACCUGAACACCUACAUAUUCGCAGACAUCAAACCGGACAUGCUUAGUAGUAACAAUGCCCUUGACCUUCCAACGGCCUGUACACACGCUGGUCCUCCAGUUGGGAAAUAGUUUUCAGUCCAAUUUCAUAAAACGAAAUGAAUAAAAUCAGAAAAAAAUGUCA